ACUGCAGCUGCUGAGGAAGCCCAGCGAUCUGGGCACGCGGCGGCGGGGCCAGCCGGAGCCCGGACCCCAGCGCCUGCCCGUCCCCCGCCGGCCCCCGCGCGGCGGGCCCCACCUGGCCAAGCGCGGGAGGCGGGGAUCGCGCGCAGGCUCCGGCCAGCGGCGCCGGGCUGCCGGCGGCGGCUGCAGCGGCCGCCCAGCUCCGAGCGCCCAGCGCUCGGGGAAGCCGGAGCGUCUCCGAGGCGGCGGCGAAGAGGCCGGCAAGGGCUCCAGGCGGCAGCGGGGCCGCCCGCCUCGGUUCCCCGCACCCACCGCGCUGCGCCCCGCCUCCGCUCCGGUGACCUUCCCGGGGCGCCUCCCCCGGCCCCGCGCCCCCGGCCCCGAGUCCCAGGCCGGGGCGAGGCCCUCUUCAGCGCCUUCUUCCCGCGGAGCCGCGGGCGGGCAGCGCAGGCCCGGGGGGAGGGGGUGCCGCGGCUGGCUGCAGCCUCCCCGCCGCCGUGCUCGGCGCCCGGCCCGGCCGGACCGCCGCUGCCCCGCCGCCUCGAGGGAGCCGGGGAGCCCGAAGCCGGGGGCGCGGCCGCGCUCGCCUCGCCGGGCCGGGAGCGGACAGGCCCUGCCCUGAAGGGGCGAAGCGGCGGGGAGCGCGGGAGGUGGAGCCGGCUCGGGCGGCCGCCCCGCGUCUCUCCCGAGCGCCUCCUCGCCAAGGCGGACCCAGGCCCCUGCCCAUGCCGGGCGCCCCGGCUCGGAAGAGUCCCUGGGGCAGGCAUCCGCUCCAGGCGGCGGCGCCGGAGGGAGAGGAAGAAAGGACAGUGCUCAGCUUGCGCGGCCCGGACCCUCCUCCCUGCAGCGUUUGGAGCUGGGGGCCGCCCCGAAGUCUGCGAUUGGCCCGCAGCUGGGACUAGGGCAGCACCUGCCGGGACCCCGACCCGGACCCCCUGCGCCGCGGAGGCGACGGUGCCGCCGCGCCCCCCAGCCCUUCCGCGAUUUCCCUCUGUGUGGAGGCAGUCACGGCCAAGAAAGUAUUAUGAGGGAGGCUGAGGACUCCAUGCUCCUGGCAGAAAAACGGCGCUGGGAUUAGGGAUUGCCACUUCGGAGAGGAUGCUGGGAAUCUGCAGAGGGAGACGGAAAUUCCUGGCUGCCUCACUGACGCUUCUGUGCAUUCCUGCCAUCACCUGGCUUUACCUGUUUGCUGGGAGCUUUGAAGAUGGGAAGCCCGUGUCUCUGUCUCCGCUGGAGUCUCAGGCGCACAGCCCGCAGUACACCGCGUCCAGCCAGCGGGAGCGGGAGAGCCUGGAGGUGCGCAUGCGUGAGGUGGAGGAGGAGAACCGCGCGCUCCGCCGGCAGCUCAGCCUGGCGCAGGGCCGGGCCCCAGCGCACCGCCGCGGCAACCACUCCAAGACCUACUCCAUGGAGGAGGGGACGGGGGACAGCGAGAACCUUCGCGCCGGCAUUGUGGCGGGCAACAGCUCCGAGUGUGGGCAGCAGCCGGUCGUGGAGAAGUGCGAGACAAUCCACGUGGCUAUCGUCUGUGCCGGAUAUAAUGCCAGCCGGGAUGUCGUCACCUUGGUCAAGUCUGUCCUGUUCCACAGGCGGAACCCUCUGCACUUCCACCUCAUUGCUGACUCCAUCGCAGAGCAGAUCCUGGCCACGCUCUUCCAGACCUGGAUGGUGCCUGCCGUGCGUGUGGACUUCUACAAUGCAGAUGAGCUCAAGUCUGAAGUUUCCUGGAUCCCCAACAAACAUUACUCUGGGAUUUAUGGUCUGAUGAAGCUCGUCCUGACCAAGACUCUUCCUGCCAACCUGGAGAGGGUCAUUGUCCUUGACACAGACAUCACCUUUGCGACUGACAUUGCAGAGCUGUGGGCUGUGUUCCACAAGUUCAAAGGUCAGCAGGUCCUGGGCUUGGUCGAGAACCAGAGUGACUGGUACCUUGGAAACCUGUGGAAAAAUCACCGCCCUUGGCCUGCCCUUGGCAGGGGCUACAACACAGGAGUGAUCCUGCUGCUUCUGGAUAAGCUGCGGAAGAUGAAAUGGGAGCAGAUGUGGCGGCUGACUGCAGAGAGAGAGCUGAUGGGCAUGCUCUCCACAUCCUUAGCUGACCAGGAUAUUUUCAACGCUGUCAUUAAACAGAACCCCUUCCUCGUGUAUCAGCUCCCCUGCUUCUGGAACGUGCAGCUGUCGGACCAUACCCGCUCCGAGCAGUGCUACAGAGAUGUGUCUGAUCUAAAGGUCAUUCACUGGAACUCCCCCAAGAAGCUGCGGGUGAAGAACAAGCACGUGGAGUUUUUCCGCAACCUCUACCUGACCUUCCUGGAGUAUGACGGGAACCUCCUGAGGCGGGAGCUCUUUGGCUGCCCCAGCGAGGCUGAUGUCAACAGUGAGAACCUCCAGAAGCAGCUCUCCGAGCUGGAUGAGGACGACCUGUGUUACGAGUUCCGGCGAGAGCGGUUCACCGUCCACCGAACCCACCUGUACUUCCUGCACUACGAGUACGAGCCCGCUUCAGACAACACAGACGUCACCCUGGUCGCCCAGCUGUCCAUGGACAGGCUCCAGAUGCUCGAGGCCAUCUGCAAGCACUGGGAGGGGCCUGUCAGCCUGGCCCUCUACCUGUCCGAUGCCGAGGCCCAGCAGUUCCUCCGCUACGCACAGGGCUCCGAGGUGCUCAUGAGCCGCCACAACGUAGCCUACCACAUUGUGUACAAGGAGGGCCAGUUCUACCCCGUGAACCUGCUGCGCAACGUGGCCAUGAAGCAUGCCGGGACCCCCUACGCCUUCCUGUCCGACAUCGACUUCCUGCCCAUGUAUGGGCUCUACGAGUACCUCAGGAAGUCCGUCGUCCAGCUCGACCUCGCCAACACCAAGAAGGCAAUGAUCAUCCCCGCCUUCGAAACGCUGCGCUACCGGCUCUCUUUCCCCAAGUCGAAAGCGGAGCUGCUGUCGAUGCUGGACAUGGGGACCCUCUUCACGUUCAGGUACCACGUCUGGACGAAGGGCCAUGCGCCCACAAACUUCGCCAAGUGGCGGACUGCCACCACACCUUACCGGGUUGAGUGGGAGGCUGAUUUCGAGCCCUAUGUUGUUGUGAGGCGGGACUGCCCUGAGUAUGACCGGAGGUUUGUGGGCUUUGGUUGGAACAAGGUGGCUCAUAUCAUGGAACUGGAUGCGCAGGAAUACGAAUUCACUGUGCUGCCCAAUGCCUACAUGAUCCACAUGCCUCACGCCCCCAGCUUCGACAUCACCAAGUUCCGGUCCAACAAGCAAUACCGCAUCUGUCUCAAAACCCUGAAGGAGGAGUUUCAGCAGGACAUGUCCCGCCGCUAUGGCUUUGCCGCCCUCAAAUAUCUCACGGCCGAGAACAACAGCUAGCACCGAGAAGCCCACCCCUGGGAAAGGCGUCCUGCAGGCGGAGAGCCACAUGCUGUUUGGGGCCCAGCCUUCAAACUCAAAAUUGAGCGAUGCUUUUUUGGUUUGUAUUCAUUUGUCUCUUUGGCCCCACAAAGCUGCCCACACCGUGGGGACCUGGAAUGAGGAUCCGGCCGGCCUCCCUCUGCCCCGAGACCCGCGCUCCCCGAGUGUGGCAUCUAUGCAGUCUCUUCGAGAACAGGGCACAGAGAAGGGAGAGGGAGCAAAGGGCUCAUCCUACCACAAAGCCACAGACCCCAUAGGUCUUUAGGGUGUCCCCGUGUUUUGUAAGACAGGGAAGGCAGGGUGCUGCCGGUUAGCCGUCCCAGGAAACGAAAGCAAUCACGCGUCUUCAUUCGGAGGAAUCUUUGUUCUUGCCUGUAAUCCAGCUGGGUGCCCCAGGGGAGGGCGCACCGAUGUUCUGAGCCAGCCAUCUGGAGAAAACCCAGUGGGGGACAUUUUACCUGGCAGGACCUGCAGUGGGGUUCGUUGGUCCUUUCUCCUCAAAGUCACUCUUGUUUUAUUUAGAUUUAUUUUUGUUUGGGGGGAUUUUGUUGGUUUGUUUUGGUCCCGGAAUCCAAAAGAGAACAUCUGGUCUUUUAAGGCUCUGAAGGAAAAUGAGCUGCCUCACCUACCAUCCCUUUAUCAGCAGUGGCCCAGCAAGGAGGGCGAGAGUUUUCAGCCAGUACUUACACAGGGCAGCCUUCUUCAGGAUUACCACUGAGGCCCCCAUGACCUCAACUUCCCUGCUGUCCCGAAUCCAGGGGCCAAGACGGGGAUGCAGAAAUACCAAGACAACUGAAUAGCCGGUCACAUUUCCCUGGUGGUGACUGAGGCGUGGGGAGAGGGCGUGGAAGAGACUGUUUGACGGCACACGAAGGGUACGAACCUCUUGGGCCUUUGCAAGAACUUGAAUCAUUCAUGCAAGCCUGGCUCUGAAGAGCCACGUGCCCAUUUGGAGCCCUUUGGGAAGAAUGCGUUGGUUCCUGCCCACUUCACUGUGGUGGGGAUGGGGUCCUGACUCCAGGCUCCCUCCGAGACCUGUCCAGAGGGUAGGCGAGUACCUUCACGGCAACACAGAUUGAGGAGACACUGGACUUUUGACCCAUUUUCUGGAAUCUCCAAUAUUAAUGUUGUGUUUACACGGAUGAGAGCAAGAGUCAGUGCCCUGCGGUCUGCUGGGCUGUUUGUAUUGAGUUGCAAUGUGACCAGCGAACGCUGCAUUCAAUAAACGAAAGUGCGGACUA